UCUACAAUAUCGGAUUGAAGUCAGUUGUACAUAUUUGCUUUAAGCGAUGAUAAUGGGCCUUAUGAAUAAAAACUAAGCAAUUCCUUUUUCUUAAAAUUUCUGACCUUUUACUUAAAUUUGAAGAAAAAGCAAUUGCUUAUUUUGUAUUCAUAAAACCCAAGAUAAAAUUUUAGUAAUUUAGUCAGCGGUUAUCAGUGAAACGAUUAGCAGCAGAAAUAACACGCAUAAUUUUUUUCUCAAUUUCAAGUAUCCACUUAACACUUACACUGAUUGUUUCAAACUAGUAUGGACUCGAAAUCAAUACCAAUCUUAUGGUUUUUAUUUUUUAGCGUUACAAUUACAUUCUGUGCUGCAUUACCAAUAGAGGAAGUUGUUGAUUUGCAAUUGCAACUCUUAAAUCGAGCUCGACGUCAAAUUGAUAUAAAUUUGUCUGCUGAACAUGAUGACAAGGAAGACGAAACAGAAAUAGCUUUAGAAGCUAUAGCCAAUCUGUGGCGCAGUGCUGACAGUAAAACGCAAAUUGAAGGAGCCGCUAAAGUAGUACAUACUACUAGUUCACAGCACAUGGGAAAUACACACUUUUCAGGACGUUUACAUGUGCAUCAUGAUUAUAGAAAGAAGAGAAAAAUUUAAUUGGUAUUCAUUUUAUAUCUGUAUAUACAUAGAUAUUUAAUAUUCAUUGAAUGGAACUAAAGAACAAAUUAGUUGCUUUUCCAGAUAUUAUAUACACACGUACAAAUGUAAAAAUAAUUUAUUACAGCAAAUACUCAACAUUAAUAUUUUGAUUAUAGCAGACUCAAUUGUUAUCAGCGUUUGCGAUAAGCCCUCCAAAUACAUAAACACAAUUGUAUGUAUGUGUA